AUGAACCAAAUCUCUGGGAAAGUGAAACCCAAGGCUCUGCCACCCAGCCUGACUGAUUGCAUUGGCAUGGUGGACAGCAGAGCAGAAAGCAUUGACAAGAUUUCUCAACUUCUCAAAGAUGCUGAGCUAGUGAAGUAUAAAGAUCAGAUCAAGAAGAUGAAAGAGGGUCCUUCAAAGAAUAUGGUCAAGCAGAAAGCCUCAUGGGUAUUAAAGCAAAAGUGGAUGUACAAGCAGCAGGAUAAUCUCACCCAACAGUCAUUUAACAUGGAACAAGCCAAUUACACCAUCCAGUCACUGAAGGACACCAAGACUAUGGUUGAUGCUAUGAAACUGGGAGUAAAGGAAAUGAAGAAAGCCUACAAGCAAGUGAAAAUUGGCCAGAUUGAGGAUUUACUAGACAAGCUAGAGGAUAUGAUGGAAGAUGCAAAUGAAAUCCAAGAAGCACUGAGUCAUACUUAUAGCACCCCAGAGUUAGAUGAAGAUGACCUGGAAGCAGAGUUGGAUGUACUGGGUGAUGAGCUUCUGGCUGAUGAAGACAGUUCUUACUUGGAUGAAGCAGCAUUUGCACCUGCAAUUCUAGAAGGUGUUCCCAUUGGCAGAAAGAAUAAGGAUGAAGUCCUGGUGAAUGAAUUCAGAUUGCCACAGAUCUCUGCUUCUACUCAGACUUGCAUCAUUCAA